CGCAAGAUGGCGGCUGGCUUCUAGUGGCAAUCGUACUUUUUUUAAUGCUAAAUCUGUCCCUAUCAUCCUUGUUGUUUCUUGACAGUUUGGACUGCCACGAAACUAUAACGAGGCGUGGCUGGGUAGCGCGGUUAUGUAUUGGAUAAAUAGGAAGCUAGCAGGCAGCUAGCUCCCUCAAACGUCACAAGUUGACGCAGGCUGCUAGCGAGAACUGGUGCCUCAACGGAUUGGUUGCCAUGGCGACUUGUGGAUACUCUGAGGACCUUCAGCCUCAGCAGUCCAAUGCAGUAACCAUAGGAACACCUGCUACCACCACACCCUCAUCCGCCAAGACUGCACACUUCCUGUCCGAGAUCCCACCAGCCUCUGGAAGCAUUUCGUCGGCUAACCAAGUGGCCGCGGCCUCUAAAACAGGACAGGAUGCACUUUGUUCACAAGCGCCGCCUGCCCAGAGCCAGAAGGCAGUGGUGCCAACUACGCCCACACAGCACUAUGUGGGCCCUGAUAUCCAGCUCACUGCUGUCCAGAAGAGCAAUGGACAGAGCACUUCGCCCCAGUACAUUAUAGUGACUGUUACAGAGGGCUCGGUUCACUCCAAUGACAGCCUGUCAGACUCCAGCCCAUCUAGCAUCCCCACUCAGGUGGUCCAAGCUGUGCAGACCCCUCCGCAGAGGUCAGCUUUGCAGGCGGUGACGCAGGCAACCAAGAGGAUUCAGACAGGUCACAUCAGCAGCCUGCAGUCUGUGCAUAUUAACCAGGAGGUGGAGCAUGUUUAUUCAGACCAGGUGCAGUACGUAGAUGGAGCAGAAGAUGCAGCGUUUACCACGUCUGCGAUUCGAUCAAACAACUUCCCGUUCUCAGACUCGCCCCUCUAUUCCCAAACCCCUCCCACGUCCUCCUCUGCCUUCUACGAGGCCACGCCCAGCUCUGAGUCAGACAUCACUGGAUCUGGGACCUCACAGCCAGUUUCCGUGGCAACGGCAGGAGCCAAUAGUGGGGCUGCUGCUGCAGGAGCAGGGGGUUUUGUCCAGGGAGGCUAUAUGUUAGGAGGAGGUGCAUCAACAGGUGGGGGAGGAGGACAGAGUUACACCAGCCCUAACUCCCGGGCCCCACCAGCCACUGUGCAGUGGUUGUUGGAAAACUACGAGGGGGCGGAGGGGGUCAGCUUACCCCGCUGCACCCUCUACUACCACUACAUCCUGCACUGCCAGGAGCAAAAACUAGAGCCAGUUAAUGCUGCAUCCUUUGGUAAACUCAUCAGGUCUGUCUUCAUGGGGCUCCGCACACGAAGAUUAGGAACCAGAGGAAACUCCAAGUACCACUACUAUGGGCUGAGGAUCAAAUCUGGUUCCCCUCUGCUCAGACUCAUGGAUGAACAGCAGCACAUGGCCAUGAGGCAGCAACCUUUCUCACAGAAAAACAGGAUAAAGCCACUUCAGAAGACGCAGGGGAUUGCCAAUGGGACAUCAGGAGCGGGUCAGCAGCAGGUGGCGCUGUCUGAUAUUUCGGCCCAGGUGCAACAGUAUCAGCAGUUCUUAGAAGCAUCAAAGCUGCUGCCAGAAUUUGUGAAAAUUGAUCUGCAAGAUCAUGUCCUGCCUGAUGGGAUCCAUCUAGACCACCUGAAGGCCUUUCAGACUUUGUACAGAGAGCAUUGUGAGGCUGUCCUGGAUGUGAUGAUCAACCUUCAGUUCACUCUGGUUGAGACGCUGUGGAAAUCCUUUUGGAGGUUCAGCCAGAACAACGAUGCAGAAUCUCUCAACCUUCACGAUGAUUCUGAGAAACGACUGCCCAGGUCCUGUUUGGUUGCUCUGUGCAAGUUUGAACCGGUGCUGCGUUGGACGAGGGAGUGUGACAACCUGCUCUACCAGACUCUGGUGGAGAUCCUCAUCCCAGACGUGCUGAGACCCAUCCCUAGUGCCUUAACUCAGGCCAUCCGUAACUUUGCCAAGAGUCUGGAGAAUUGGUUGACAGGUGCCAUGAUGAACAUCCCUGAGGAGAUGGUUCGCAUAAAGGUGGUGUGCAUAGGCUCAUUCUCCCAGACAUUACGCCGCUACACCAGCCUGAACCAUCUGGCGCAGGCUGCUCGCGCUGUCCUUCAGAACUCCGCUCAGAUCAACCAAAUGCUCUCUGACCUCAACCGUGUAGAUUUCACCAAUGUGCAGGAGCAGGCAUCCUGGGUGUGUCAAUGUGAAGACCGUGUGGUCCAACGGCUAGAGCAGGACUUUAAGGCGACUCUGCAGCAGCAGAACUCCUUGGAACAGUGGGCUUCCUGGCUGGAUGGAGUCGUCUCCCAGGUCCUAAAGCCUUACGAGCAAAACCCUGUGUCCCUGCCAAAGGCAGCCAAGGUCUUUCUGCUCAACUGGUCCUUCUAUAGCUCCAUGGUAAUCCGGGAUCUGACUCUGCGCAGUGCUGCAAGUUUUGGCUCCUUCCACCUGAUCCGCCUGCUGUAUGACGAGUACAUGUACUACCUGAUAGAACACAGGGUGGCCAAGGCUAAAGGGGAGACACCCAUAGCAGUCAUGGGAGAAUUUGCCAGCACUGUCAAGAGCAGAAACUCUCCAGACCUGGAUAAAGAAGAAGAAGAGGAUGAUGACGAAGAAGACAGCGAUGAUGAGAGCGGGGAGAUCAUGCUGCAGUCCAGCUCCCUGAAGGUGGAUGAGGAGAAGUCGGUGAUGGAGCCGCCCGCCAAGCAGCCCAGAACCAGUUUAAACCUGCACACUCUGGCCGAGGUUCACGGAACGCCACCCUAAUUUAAACAUCGGCAUCAUGAACACACAUUUAUUUUGACGUUUAAAACCAAACAUGUCGUCAUAUCCUCAAACCUUGCUGGUUUGCAUCUGGCUUGUCUGUUGUGUUUGUGACACUUGAGAAAGUGGAAGAGCCGGUUGCUGAUUUUCUCCCUUCUGUACUUUUGAGUUGCUGUUAUUUCUUUGCCUUCAGUUGAGCAUCUUCAGCCCUUUCCCCUGUGCCUUGCCCGUCUGUUCAGUGCCCACGCCUGCAAAGCCUAAUCUAUCAGUACAAUACAUCCUGGAUUUCCCUCCUGUCCUGCCUUAACCACUGACCUCAGUGCUGUGAAGAUGAGAAUAGUCCAGUCUUCUUCAGUAGUACUCUUAAGCUCAAAAUCAUUGCUUGCCUUUAAUGAAAUGACUAUGCAGGGGGUGCAGGACUUUAAUUAAUGCCACUGUAAGAAACAUACACCUAAGAGUAGCAUCUAGAACGAUACUGCCACAUGAAUUAUGGUUGAACAUUAGUUUUGAUCCAUUUUUGUUUGAGGAUGCCAUAUUUUUUUUUUUUUACAUGGAGCCUGUUUUUAAUUUGGCCAAAUGAUGAUCUGUGCCUUUCAGAGAUUUCUAAACUUAAAAAAUAAAGUGUGCGUUCUAUAUAAAAAAAUAAAAAACAGAUAUAUAUUAUAUACUGUAUUGUGGUUUAAUAAAUGAAUGUCCUGUGGUCUCGGUGUUGUCAUGACCUUAGUAUGAUUAGUAAGUAGUCUGCCUGUCAGAAGUAUUCACACAUUUUGUCCUGGGUUUUAUUGGGAUCUUCAUGUUGUAAACCAACACAAAGUACCGCAUGAAUGUGAAGUGGACAGAAUAGAUUUCAUGCAUUCAGACUUGGACCCCUUAAGUCUGUAUAGUGAUCCUCUCCAAUGUCAGAAACAUACACCAAAAGACAUGAAGCUAUCAGCUCUGCGCAGCCAGAGACUGAAUUUGGUGCCCCGUUCUCCUUUACAAAACAGCGCACCUCAUGCAAAUUCCCACAGCAUGACGCUGCCACCACCACGUUUCACAGUGGGGAUGCUGUGUUCAGGGUGAUGUGGAGGGUUAGUUUUCCGCCACACUUAUUGCGUGUAGACCAAAAAGUUCAACUUUGGUCUCAUCUGAUCAGAGCACCUUGUGUGCAUGGCUGGUGGAAAACUGGCUUUUGUCUCUCCAGAUUUGGGGAGUGCAUGGCUAACGGUCCUGGGGAGAAAAAAAAAAACUCCCUUUAGGCACGGCCAAUUGGUGUUAGAGUAAAGAGAGGCUGAAUAGUGAUGCAUGCUAUGCUUUUUAGAUUUAUUUAAAAAAUAAAACAUAUUUUCCAGCCACUUUAAAGUUAUGCACUACUUUCACAUGAAAUCCCAAUAAAAUACAAUGAAGUUUGUGGUUGUAAUGUGAAAAAAGUAUGAGUAUUUUUGCGAGGCACUGUUUGUACAAAAGAGUUGGUGGACGUCUGCAGUUUUUCUAUCCUCUUUCAUCCAUCUUUUGGUUCAACUGCAAACCCCUACACACACACACACACACACACACACUUUCCAAGAUGCUGUGCACCUUCUAAGCAGGUCACACCAUAAGGCCAAAGCUUUUCCCACCUCUAUAGGAGCAUUUAUGUUGCUUUGUUGGUCUUAAGAGUUUCUGAAUGGAGAAGUUUAUUUUCUGAGUAACAUUCUGUUGAUGAAUUAUAUUGCAUAUCUUUGUUAAAAAGUUAAAUAUCCAUAUCUGUUCUAUUUUUAUGUCAUCUUACCAUUAUUGCCUUAAAAUGUUGCCCUAAUGUCCAUCAAGAGUAAGGACAUCCUGUAGCUUUCCUUUGUGAUAAUGGCCUAAGCAUGUCAAUAUGACCCCCUCUCCAAAGAACAUAAUGCUCACAUCCUGCUCUUCACGUGUGGCAUGAGCAAAACUGAUUUUAUCUUCAACUUUGAAACUAAAAUUAUAGCAGUGGGAUGUCUCUCAGGACUAUCUCUUCACUGAGAUCCCACCAAAGACCUUUGUACAGAAAAAAAUAAAUCUAUUUAAAUGUACAUGAGAGAAAUCUCACUUGAAAAGUAUAAUUGACCUUUCAUGUCAAAGUUGGUGAAUUUGUUCCUUGCUUGUAUUGGGGAACCUUUUUUCUAAAUUUUACCCUGUUGAUGUUAUUCUGGUGCUUAAAUGUGAUCUUUUGUAGCCUCAUCUGUUCAACUAAAAGAUGCUCUGAAAA